UUCAAGCAAAUAAAUAGCUUUAUUCUUUAUAUUUAUUCUUGACAUUAAAGAUAUUUUGUCCUCAAUUGAGUUUUUUUACUUAACUUUGCAUCAAUUACUUAUAUUCAAUGUCUCCUUUUAUUUUUGUGUAACUUUUUCUUUGAUUUUGUUUUGUGAAUGCUUCUUUAGAUAAAAUUUGAGUUUUUCUCACCCUGGGUCAUCUCUUAAUUCUUUAAGGGUUUAUUUAAGGGUGUGUUUACUCGAAGGAGUUUGAGGGAGAUGCUUUGGGAGAGGGUGAAUUGAUGGAUUUGAAGAGACCAUGCUUACUUCUCCACUUCUACAUAAUGACUCUGUUUCUCCGUAUCAACUUUGUGGGCACCUGGAAACGCAACCGUUGGAAACGGAAAGAAAGAUUCCGACUUUUCACGACACAGUUGCAAUCUUCGGAGCACCAUAUCGAUUACGUGAUCUCCACCAACAUUUCCAUAGCUCAACGCUUCAAAAUGGGAAAUCUCGAAGAAGCCCGCCACCUGUUCGAUCAAAUGCGACAGCGAACAGUUUCUUCCUGGAACACCAUGAUUUCUGGGUACUGCCAAUGGGGGAGGUACCCUGAGGCUUUGAACCUUGUUUCCCUCAUGCACCGCUUCCGUGUCACGCUCAAUGAGGUUUCUUUCUCUGCGGUGUUGAGCGCGUGUGCGCGGUCGGAGUCCUUGCUUCUUGGAAAGCAGGUUCAUUCCCUGCUUUUGAAAUCUGGUUAUGAGAGGUUUGGCCUUGUGGGGAGUGCUUUGCUGUAUUUUUAUGUGCAAUGCUGUGGUAUCAGAGAAGCUGAGGUAGUUUUUGAGGAGCUGCGUGAUGGGAACCAAGUGUUGUGGAGUUUGAUGCUUGCGGGUUAUGUGCAGCGUGACAUGAUGGAUGAUGCUACGGACAUGUUUGAGAAAAUGCCGUCGCGGGAUGUUGUGGCUUGGACUACAUUGAUCUCAGGGUAUGCUAAGAGGGAAGGUGGGUGUGAGAGAGCUUUGGAUUUGUUUGGGAGUAUGAGAAGGAGUUCCGAGGUGGUGCCUAAUGAGUUCACUUUGGAUUGUGUAGUGAGGGUUUGUGCUAGACUUGGGGUUCUGUGUGUAGGGAGGGUUGUUCAUGGGCUAUGCAUUAAGGGUGGGUUUGAUUUUGAUAACUCAAUUGGUGGUGCGCUUACUGAGUUUUAUUGUGAUUGUGAAGCUAUUGAUGAUGCUAAGAGAGUUUAUGAGAGCAUGGGGGGAGAAACUUGUUUGAAUGUUGCUAACUCACUGAUUGGGGGCCUUGUCUCAAAAGGAAGGAUGGAAGAAGCUGAAUUUGUCUUUAAUGAUUUGAGAGAUACAAAUUCUGUUUCAUUUAAUUUGAUGAUUAAAGGUUAUGCUAUGAAUGGUCAGUUCGAAAAAUCAAAAAGGAUUUUUGAGAAAAUGAGUCCCAAGACUUUAACAUCUAUAAAUACUAUGAUUUCUGUGUCUUCCAAAAGUGGUGAACUUGAUGAAGCUGUGAAGCUUUUUGAGAAAACUAAAGGGGAAAGAAACUACGUCACAUGGAAUUCAAUGAUGUCGGGUUAUAUCAUUAAUGGUCGGCACAAGGAGGCAUUGAAUUUAUAUGUGGCUAUGCGCAGAUUAUCAGUUGACUACAGUAGAUCGACAUUCUCUGUCCUAUUUCGUGCUUGCUCUUGUCUUUGUUCUUUUCGACAAGGACAGUUACUUCAUGCUCACUUAAUCAAAACGCCAUUCCAAGUAAAUGUUUAUGUUGGGACUGCUCUUGUAGAUUUCUAUUCCAAAUGUGGUCACUUGGCUGAUGCUCGAAGCUCAUUCAACAGCAUUUUUUCACCCAAUGUAGCAGCAUGGACAGCUCUUAUAAAUGGUUAUGCAUAUCACGGGCUGGGAUCUGAGGCAGUUUUACUCUUCCGCUCAAUGUCACAUCAAGGAGUUGUUCCAAAUGCAGCUACUUUUGUUGGUGUUCUCUCUGCUUGUAAUCAUGCCGGUCUAGUCGGCGAAGGUUUGAGAAUUUUCCACACAAUGCAAAGAUGUUAUGGGGUAACCCCGACAAUAGAACAUUUCACAUGUGUGGUGGAUCUCCUUGGUCGAUCAGGCCAUGUAAAAGAAGCCGAAGAGUUUAUCAUAAGAAUGCCGAUUGAAGCAGAUGCGAUAAUUUGGGGAGCUUUGCUUAAUGCUUCAUGGUUCUGGAAGGAUAUGGAAGUAGGGGAGAAAGCUGCUGAGAAGUUGUUCAGUUUGGAUCCCAACCCAACUUUUGCUUUUGUUGUUCUCUCCAACAUGUAUGCCAUACUAGGUAGAUGGGGACAGAAGACAAAGCUUAGGAAAAGAUUGCAGAGUUUGGAAUUAAGAAAAGAUCCAGGGUGCAGUUGGAUAGAAUUGAAUAACGAUAUUCAUCUCUUCUCUGUAGAAGAUAAAACCCAUCCUUAUUCUGAUGUUAUUUAUGCAACUGUAGAUCAUAUAACAUCUACCAUUAACUCUAUUAUACCCUUCCAUUUUAUUCAUAACAGCAAUUUUGGGUAACAUUUCUGAGGCCACCUACUCUUUAUGAUCCGAUUUUUCUUCAAGAUGUGGCCAUUGAUCGACCUAAAUAUUUCUGGCCAAACACAAAUCCUCCCGAAAAGCUUACUUGUUUGUCCAAUAUUGGUGCAAGCCCAGUAUUGGUUUUGAAGCAAUAAAUAAACACUCCCUUCACACAAUAGUCUGCCUGUUAGAUUUGAAGUUGGACAAUGGAUAGGAUAAUUUUACCCUUCGAAGGAAGUUAACAUCAAUGAUUUUUUUGAAAACAUUUGAAGAGUAACAUAAGAACUUGAAUGUAAAGCUUUUAUCUUAUUCUACUGUCUUACCUGUAGAAGAGUCUGUGUAGUAGUGAGAAACUUAUUACUGUGUUAACAGCUGAGGUACAUUUCUAUUAUGAGUUUCACUAAUGAAAUCAAGCAUCCAUGUUCAUAAAAGAAUUACUCUCCUAAUAAUAAUGGAAUGUCAAAGCACAUGGUAUUAUUUUACUUUCAGAAAAGUAUAAUAAGGAAAAAAAAUUAGAGAUACAAGUCAGAGCACUUAAUAGUAGAAGUAGAACAUAUCUUUUAUUUUCAUAUUGUAUUAUUCAAAUUGUUUCUCUGUUGCACUUUGUAAAGAGGGUUUUAACAUUGUUUUUUGUGUUCAUAUUGCUAAAUUCCGUAAUAUGAUGCGUUGAGAUUGUGAUUAGAACUCAUAUUGUGGGAUAAUUCACGUAAACAAGGUUUUUUUUUUUAAUUCUGAGAAAGAACAAAAUAGGUAGGAAAAGGGAUCAGAGGGAUGACUAGGACUGACAAACACAUUGUUU